AUGAGCUACCCGACGCUAGAAUUUGACCCGGCAGACCAGUACGAUUCGCUUACAGAGAUCCUUUUUAAACGUCACUCGCUCCUCACAGAAGAGGAGGACGGACUCUUCACAAACCCGUUCUACCGUGCGGCAGAGACCGCGAUCAGCUUUUUGCGCAAGGUCCCGCUUGUCGGCUCAUUUGUACCCGCUGCCAGCGAGGCCGACACUCAGGUGCGCGCGUUGCUCGCGCAACAGCGAGCAACCACCAACUACGCCAACUGGCUCGACAUCUCCACGACGCUCGAUCGGCUCCUUGGCAACGAUGCCUGGAAGGAGGCGGCAGAGUCUGACUACUAUGAUCAUGGGCUUGUUGCGGCGCGACUCGCGCAGCUCCGUGACGCGCGCGAGAGCGGCGACUACAAGCGCUUGCUCUACUUGGUCCGCACCACGUUCGUGCGCAACGCUGGAAACAUUGGUAACGUCAACUUGUACCGCCAUAGCUAUGUGGGUACCAAGCGCUUGAUCGAGGAAUAUAUCGACGAGAGCGAACGGUGCUUGGAGCUCCUCACCUCAGGGCACACCGGCCUUGAUCCGUCGUACGUCCUCCAGAUGUUUAUCCAGACGCGCAAAAACAUCGGCCGCACUGCGCUCGUGCUCUCGGGUGGUGGCUGUUUUGGUUUGAUCCAUAUCGGUGUGCUUUCUACGUUGAUGGAAUCGGACCUCUUGCCCAAAAUCGUUAGUGGCCUGUCAGCCGGCUCCAUUGUCGCAAGCAUCUUGUGCUCCAACACGAACGACGAAAUCCGCACCAUUCUCUCGGAGAUUGGUGAACAGAGUAUAAACAUUUUCGAUGAUGCUGGCGAGACCGUGUGGAUCAAGUUGUCGCGCUUCUUGAAGUACGGUACGUGGUUUGACAGUGGCCACUUGCAGCUGACCAUGUACGAGUUCCUCGGUGACUUGACAUUCCGCGAGAGCUACAACCGCACAGGGCGUAUUCUCAACAUCACCGUGUCGCCCGCGUCCAUCCACGAACAGCCGCGACUUCUCAACUACCUUACCGCGCCGUCGGUGCUCAUCUGGUCGGCUGUAUGCGCUUCUUGCUCCCUUCCCGGUGUCUUUGCCUCUUCGACCAUCUACGAGAAGGUUCCACGCACACGUGUGGUCCAGGAAUGGAACGGCGCGUCUAGCGUCAAGUAUGUGGACGGUUCGGUUGACAACGAUGUCCCUAUCACACGCCUCUCGGAGAUGUUCAACGUGGGCCACAUCAUCGCGUGCCAGGUGAACCCGCACGUGGCACCACUCUUGAAGAUGUCCAUCUCCUGCGUCGGAGGCGAUGUAGAGACCGAAUACAGCGCGUGGUUGAAGCAGUCGUUGAGCAACCUCUACGGAUUGAUGGCCUCAGAGGUGAUCCACUACCUCGAUGUGGCGAAAGAGAUUGGAAUAGCCCGCAAUUUGUGCACCAAGGCCACGUCCAUUCUCUCCCAGAAGUACAGCGGCGACAUCACGAUCUUGCCCGAGCUACAUCUAACCGAGUUGCACAAGAUCCUCCAGAACCCGAACCCCGCCUUCUUUCUUGAGUGCACUGUCCGCGGUGCCCGCGCCACGUGGCCCAAGAUGACCAUCAUCCGUAACCACUGUGCUCUUGAGUUUGCCCUCGACAGGGGAAUCUCCCAGCUCCGCUCGCGCUUGAUCUCC